AUUUAUCGAUACUCGAAGUUCCAUACCAAGCUUUUACCUAACAUCAGAAUUGUAAAUAUUAAUAUAUAACUUGUAAAUAAAGAUUAAAUUAGGCAAUUAUGAAUGGGAAACUCGUGUUUAAUGCGAUUCGUUCUCUACGGAACGGCAGUUGUAACUUGUCACAAGCGCGGAAGUAUGCCACUCCGCCCAAGAGGUUCUACAAAAAGACCUCUGUUCUGAGCAGCGAUGGAGGAUACGAGGUGGUUUUGGACCACAGAAAGCUGAAGACUCCCAAGGGAACACCGUUCACCGUCCGCAGCGAACCUCUGGCGAUAGCCGUGGCCACCGAAUUCGACGCCCAAAAGGAACAUAUUGAGCGGUCCCGCAUGCACCUCUCUGCGCUCUGCUUCACGGCCAUUGAUAAUCCCAAUAAUCUGAACAAGCUGGACAUGGUUAACUACCUGCUGAACUUCAUCCCAACCGACACAGUUCUCUUCCAGUAUGAUGACGAGAAAGCUCUUCAGGAGUUGCAGCAAAAUGAAUGGGAUCCUGUCAUUGAUUGGUUCAACCAACGCUUCGAGGUCAACCUUCAGAAGACCAUGAACAUAACGCCUCCCCAAGUCAGUGAGGAGGACACGAUAAAAAUAGCCAAGCACUUCCAGUCCUACAGCUUAGAAACACUGCAUGGAUUUGUGUUUGCUGUGGAUACUUUAAAGUCCAUUAUCCUGGCAUGUGCUGUCAUCGAGCAAAUGCUGCCCGUGGAGAAGGCUGUGGCCCUGGCCCGUUUGGAGGAGGAGUAUCAGCUUAAAUUCUGGGGCCGUGUGGAGUGGGCUCACGAUCUGAGCCAACAGGAGCUGCAGGCCCGAUUGGCGGCCGCCGUCUUGUACGUUCAUCUAAACUGUUCAGAUAGUUUUGUGAAAGAAAAGUUGAUUCUAUAAAUUUGUUUAUAAUAAAAUGUAAAAGAAAAA